AUGGGGUUGCAUUUGUAUGGCGCGGGUGCACGGACUGAAAAAUGGGUUUUGGACGCUGCCAACGCAACAGACUGUAACCCCGGCACUAAGCUGCCCGGGUUCCAAAGCACGUGCAUCUCCAACUGCGGCAAUGAGAUCAAGCAGAGCUCAGGCCCGCCAGUCAGCUUCUCCCGCGUUGGUUACUAUGAGUCGUGGAACAUGAACCGCGACUGCCUAUGGCUGCUUGCCGAGAAGUCCAACACCGAUGGCACCUACACCCACAUGCACUGGGGAUUCGCCGACACGAACACUUGGAAGCCCGUCAUCGCGGACCCGCACGGUCAGUGGGAGGGCUUCAAGAAGCUUCAACUCAAACGCAUCGUGCCGUUUGGCGGCUGGGCCUACUCAACCGAGCCGGCCACUUACAACAUCAUCCGCUGUGUCAUCAUCGGAAACCGCGAAGCGUUUACGAAGAACCACGCCCAGUUCGCCAAAGACAAGGGAAUCGAUGGUAUCGACAUUGACUGGGAGUACCCAGGCGCACCCGAUAUCAUGGUCGACGGGCAGCCGAUCGGCCAGGCUGGGGACGGACAGACGUCCUGCUGUACAAGGGCGACUACAUCAGCUACAUGA